CUGUGGGAUCGCUACGAAAAGCUCCAGAUUCUCGAUCAGGAAAAGCACCAUCUGUUCGAGGAGAUUCUUGCUCGUUAUGAAGGCCUCUACGAAUUAUACACCACCAAAUGCGACGCCCACGAACGCGAGACUGAGUAUGCCAGAAAUGUCCAGAAAGAAAUGAAGGCGAUUGAAGCUGAAAACCGCGCAUUCCGGGCUUGUUGGGACCGUGAUCCGUUCGUCGUCAUUCUCAUCGACGGUGACGGCAUGAUUGUAAGUUUGAUUGGAACACCAACUUGGCUUGCCCGGCCACCUCAGGCAUUCUCAGAUGCUCUGCUCAACGCCGGCGCCAUGGGGGGGAAGCAAGCUGCCGACCAUCUCCAUGCCUGCAUGGCCCGAUUCAUAGAUGACAACGAAAACAUUCCUAGGACAUCGAAAAUCGUAACCCGCGUCUAUGCCAAUCUUCAAGGCCUCGCCGAUAUCUGUUUCAAGGUCGGCAUCAUCGAUGACCGCAGCAGAAUUGAGGAAUUUGCUCGUGGCUUCACUCGUGGCAAACAUCUCUUUGAUUUUGUCGAUGUUGGCCCAGGAAAAGACCGCGCCGAUGAGAAGAUUAUCGAAACAUUGAAGCUAUAUGUCGGCAACAUUCAUUGCCGUCAGAUCUUUUUCGGAUGCUCCCAUGACAACGGGUACGCCAGAGUUUUGGAAGAAGAUGCACAGGAUUCAUUUUUCAACACUCGGAUCACUCUUUUGGAGGGCGUUCCAUUUGAGAAGGAGCUCCAAGAGCUUCCCUUUCAGUCACAAAAAUUCGAAGGGUUGUUCCGCGACACCAAGAUCCUCAACCCGGACCGCUUCGCCUAUGGACUCCCAAGUAGCUUCCCCCCACCUUUCCUUCCGCCGACCGGUCGUCCGGCUUUGAUGAAUGGAAAUGGAAACAAUACUCCGGAAUCCUCGGCGUAUGGACUAUCAAGAAACCCCUCGGUGUCCACUGUCGCAUCAAACGAUCUGUCCGGCUUCGCGGUGCUCACACCACAAUCCACAGCCCCGACCUGGGCCAACCGAGCCGCAGCUCCACCGCCAUCGAAGAGCCCACCGCCAUCGAAGAGCCCACCGCCAACAAAACUUACCCAGGCCCGUGACACCACCCCGACCACUAUCCCGCGCAACCGCGCAGGCCAGCGCGUUGAUCCGCAGUCCGCCAACUACAACAAGGACGAAGUCAACCGCGUCAAGAACAUCAAGAUGUGCAACGUGCACUUCUUGCGCAACGAGUGCCCCUUUGGCGCCCAUUGCACCCACGUUCAUACCUACAAGCCGACCCGCGGCGAGCUUGAAACACUAAAGCUCGUUGCGCGCAUGGCGCCCUGCAUUAACGGGUCCAGCUGCGAAGACCUCAAGUGCAUCUACGGUCACCGCUGCCCGGCCCCGGAUCCGAAGAAUGGCUCAUCUUCCACCAAAGGCGGCAAGACGUGCAUUUUUGCCGACAAGUGCAAGUUUCCCCCUGAGUUGCACGGCAUCGAUACGAAUGUCGUCAAGAGGAUCGUCAUUCGUAACUAGCUCCACUUUAGGCCAAUAUGCCGAGGUUGACUAGGUGCUUUGUAGACUGAAGCGGCACUGGGGCUACUCAGACAGCGUCGGUCUAUACACUGAACGUGGCUAUUCUAGCUGGUUACUUUUCGGAGCGUGUGGCGGAUGAGCGACUGGGCGAGCGACUGGACAAUGAGCGAACCAGCGACGGAGUUCUGGCGGUAAGGCUUGCACUUUUCCUUUUUUUUUUUUUU